AUGUCGGCUGGUUCAUCGAGAAUUUUGGCUAAAAAAGUGCCUCAACGUGUUGCUGAAGUAGCAGAAGAGGUACAAGACUGGGAGAACCAUGUAAUUCUAAGAUUUCCUGAUGAUAUUGCCCCGAGGAUCGCCAAAAUGAUUGAUGAAUGUAACGAUGGUGAAUUAGGUAUCAGUUUUCAACCAGAUAUGCGCAAUGCGACUGUAAAAUUUCAAGAGAAAAUUAUGUCAGCGAAAUUGUUCGAUUUACCGUGUGUGAUGAAGACUAUUGACAAAAAGAAUGUUUACAAAGUCACAGACGCACCACAGAUAAUGAUAUGUUCGCAUGAUUUGCAACCUGUAACAGAAUCAUCAUCUCAUAGUGAUAUGUCCAAGUUCAAGAGAGACAAAUUAUGGCAGUGGCCCCAUGGAUUAACUCCACCAAUGAAAAGUGUGCGGAAAAGGCGUUUUCGAAAAACGAAAAAGAAAAAAUAUAUGGAUGCACCUGAGGUGGAACGAGAAUUAAAACGGCUUUUAAGAGCAGAUAUCGAAGCUAAUUCUAGUAGAUGGGAGAUUGUAACUCCUGAAGAAGAAAAAAAAGUGGAAAUUCCUCCAGUUCCUGUAGAAACUCUUGUUCUUGGUGAGAUUAGCAAUUCAGAGGACGAAAAUGUUUCAGUCAAAGGAGAUUAG